UGGUGUUGCACACAUGGCUCAUCUGUGACUACGAAGAAAACAGAGGUUCUCAGUAUCAACUCGGAUCCUGAUAUCAUUGCUUCGCCAAUGUACAGAAGUAUGAGCCAGACAAGUGGCUGUGAACCAGUUGAGGUCAUCCAAAGGAUGCAAACGGAAACAGUGUCAAGAGAGGGUACGGAUGUCAGAGCAAGGCAGACACUCAACAGUCCCGAGGACAGAAUCAUUUCUUACACCAACUCAGCCGUGAGCAUAGACCCAGAGCGCAUGAGAUCCACCAUCGCCAGUAGCUUCAGACCCGACAUCAGUCUCGGCGACAGCGACAUAGAGAUACGACUGAAUACGAGUGGGAAUCUAGAGCGCUCACUCGUCCACUCGGUGCUCGGAGAAAUAAUUGUUCUGGAUAAUACUAAUCAGCCAUGGGAUGGGUCUCCAUUUGACGAGAAAGCACGACUGAGUCUCAUGGGAUUCGACAGAUGGGUGAAAUUGAUGCUCGGAUGGUAUAAGCUAGAGCCUGGAAGCAGCAGUCGGAGGCUGAAAAAGAUAUCCUGUAGAUUGUACAAUCUGUGCUACCCUGUGUUGGUGCUGUUCCUAUUGCUAUCUUAUUACAUUCUCAGUGUAGUGCUAUGUAUUGCCCCACGCGCUAAGUCAGACAAUAGCGACACAUCAGGCAACAGUUCGUCUUCACCAGUGUACCAAGGAUGCUCAAAUAUCUUCUCAAAUUACACUCUGGAUUACAUUAUCAACUUUUUUCUGUAUUUGUCUGUGUUUUGGUAUACCAGAUUCCACCGCAGCGAAAGUCUCUACAUCGCCCUAGAAAAAGUCUUCAUGCGAGCUCAAAGAUCACAAAUUGGCAAGCUUCAGACUCCAAAAUUUGUGCGAAAAAUGAGAUUGUUCGUGCUAGCUUCUUUCAUAUUCGGUGCAAUAGCCUGGAUUGCGAUGGCCACCAGUUACCUCGCUCCAGAGAGAUUCAAAUUCACUUUUUCCGACCAACAUUCAAAAUUUAUGGAAAGCUUCAACAAAGUGUUCAAAGGCGGCUACCGCAUAGCUAUGAUAGCAGCCCUUGAAGUCUGCAUGGUACUUGGAUGUCUGCUCUACACUGUGGUGUACUCAGUGUUGGUGUUACACUACUUCUGGUUCUGUACCAUCAUAGUGUUUGACAUCCAGUGUCUCGUCUCCGAUAUUCUACAGAGAGCAGUUACGCUCACAGACGCCAUAAGGGACGUGCAGUUCAUGCAAGCGACGGUGAGCAGUCUGAAUGGCUUCCCCUCCAAGGUCACAGCCAUGGCUCUCCUCUCCGGAGUGGCAAACUUCACUUUCGAGAUGUACGAGUUGUCUGUUCUGGAGCUGGAAUGGUACGAUAGCCUACUCUAUCGACUGGCAAUGUCCAUCUACUGGCUAUUCAUUUUCUCAAGCAUACUCUUGCCUGCAUGUAUAAUAACUGAACACGAGCGGAGACUGCGGAAGGCGGCGGCGGAGAUGCGUGCAUUCGGGUAUCCCUCCGCCGCCACAAGUGAUGUCGACUCAUUCAUCACAUAUCUCAACAUCAUACGAAUACAGCCCAAGCUGCUUUACAUCAACGUGCACACUUCAUGGGUGGCUGGAACAUACGUCGUCUCUUUUCUGGUGAUAGUUCUGCUCACCAAAACAGACGUCUUGUUCGAAUACUUGAAUUAGAUAUAGAACCAAUUCCGCUUCUAUCCCAAAAAUGAAAAACUGUAGAAAUAAUUAUUCUUUUUGAAUUAAAUUCACACGAAGAAAUUAACAAAUGUUCGAAUAUCA